AUGGGCUCGGCGGCCCGGCUGGGGGGCCCGCGGCGGGCAUGGCUGGGCUGCAGCCUCCUGGGCAUGGCGCUGCUGGCGCGGCUGGCGCUGGGAGCAGCUGUACAGUGCUUGGAUGGUGAUAAGCCCUGUGAGAAUGGUGGGACCUGUCUUGUUUACUCCAACGGGAAUGCUGCCUGCAUCUGCCAGCCUGGACUGAUUGGAGAGCACUGCCAGUUUCAGGAUCCUUGCCACCAGUCAACCUGUGCCAAUGGGGGCACAUGUGAGAGCACCCUGCGUGAUGGCACUGUGCAUUACCAGUGCACCUGUCCCAAGGGCUUCCGAGGUCAGGACUGCUCUCUGAUCGACGCCUGUGCCAGCAAGCCCUGCCUCAACGGUGGCCGCUGUACCAACUGGAACGGCCGUUACAACUGUACGUGCCCACCUGGCUACCAGGGCCGGAACUGCCGGAGCGAUGUGGAUGAAUGCCGGGUGUCUGGCCUGUGCCAGCACGGGGGCACUUGUCUCAACACACCUGGCUCUUUCCGCUGCCAGUGCCAGGCCGGCUACACAGGGCAGCUCUGCGAGAGCGUCUCAACCCCCUGCGCCCCUUCUCAGUGCCUUAAUGGGGGCACCUGCCGUCAGACGGGAGAACUCAGCUACGAGUGCGCAUGCUUGCCCGGAUUUGAGGGCCACAACUGUGAGGUCAACAUUGACGACUGUCCAGACCACAUGUGCAUGAAUGGGGGGACAUGUGUGGAUGGCGUCAACACCUACAACUGCCAGUGUCCCCCAGAAUGGACAGGCCAAUUUUGCACUGAAGACGUGGACGAAUGCCAACUGCAGCCCAACGCGUGCCACAACGGAGGCACUUGCUUCAAUACAGAUGGAGGCCACUCGUGCGUCUGCGUCAAUGGCUGGACAGGAGAGAGCUGCAGCGAGAACAUUGAUGACUGUCAGACAGCGGUCUGCUUCCAUGGUGCCACCUGCCAUGACCGUGUGGCUUCCUUCUACUGUGCCUGCCCUAUGGGCAAGACAGGCCUCCUCUGUCACUUGGAUGAUGCCUGUGUCAGUAACCCUUGCCAUGAAGAUGCCAUCUGUGACACUAACCCAAUGAAUGGCCGGGCCAUUUGCACCUGCCCACCAGGCUUCUCGGGAGGAGCCUGUGACCAGGACGUAGACGAGUGCUCCAUUGGAGCCAAUCCAUGCGAGCACUUUGGGAAGUGUGUGAACACACAAGGGUCCUUCCUGUGCCAGUGCGGGCGUGGCUACGCAGGCCCACGGUGUGAAACGGAUAUCAACGAGUGCCUCUCCAUGCCGUGCCAGAAUGAUGCUACCUGCCUUGACCGCAUUGGCGAGUUUACUUGCAUCUGCAUGUCAGGUUUCAGCGGCACCUACUGUGAAAUCAACAUCAACGAGUGUGAGAGUAACCCCUGUGUCAAUGGGGGUGUCUGCAAGGAUAUUGUCAAUGGAUUCAGCUGCACCUGCCCCUCAGGCUUCUCCGGUUCGAUGUGCCAAAUUGACAUAGAUGAGUGUGCCAGUACACCCUGUCAGAAUGGUGCCAAGUGCGUGGAUCGGCCCAAUGCCUAUGAGUGCCGUUGUACAGAAGGUUUUGAGGGGCCUCUGUGUGAGAGGAACAUUGACGACUGCUCACCGGAUCCCUGUCACCAUGGCAAGUGCGUGGAUGGCAUUGCCAGCUUCGCCUGCACAUGCGCAGCUGGCUACACCGGUUACCGUUGUGAGAACCAGAUCAAUGAGUGCCACAGCAAUCCCUGCCAGCACGGUGGCAAGUGCAUUGACUUGGUCAAUAAAUACUUGUGCCACUGCCAGCCAGGCACCUCAGGUGUGAACUGCGAGAUGAACUUUGAUGACUGUGCCAGCAACCCUUGUGAUUAUGGCAUCUGCCGUGACGGCAUCAACCGUUACGAUUGCAUCUGCAAACCAGGCUUCACAGGUCCCUUGUGCAAUGUGGAGAUCAACGAAUGUGCAUCCAAUCCCUGCAAGAAUGGCGGUACCUGUGUGGAUGGUGAAGACGGCUUCUCUUGUGUCUGCCCUGAGGGCUUCCAUGAUCCACACUGCUAUUCAGAAGUGGACGAGUGCAGCAGCAGCCCCUGUACGCACGGCACGUGCCACGAUGACAUCAAUGGGUACAGAUGUGAGUGUGAGCCAGGCUGGGCAGGCACCAACUGUGACGUGAACCGCAAUGAGUGUGAAUCGAAUCCAUGCCAGCAUGGGGGCACUUGCACUGAUCAUGUCAAUGGCUACCGCUGCAAAUGCAAGGAGGGUUUCCAGGGGACCUACUGUCAAACGAACAUAAACGACUGUGCCUCCAACCCCUGUCUCAACAUGGGCACCUGCAUUGAUGGUAUCGCCAGCUAUGCCUGUCUCUGUGAUUUACCUUACACUGGCCGGAACUGUGAGAACGUGCUGGCCCCCUGUUUCCCCAAUCCAUGCGAGAACAAUGGUUUCUGUGACCACACGCCGGACUACGAGGGCUUUACCUGCAGUUGUGCACCAGGCUGGCAAGGGCAGCGAUGCCACAAAGAUAUUAACGAGUGCGACCAGAACCCAUGUCGAAACCGGGGCACUUGCACCAACACUCGUGGCAGUUACAGAUGUGCGUGCCGACCUGGCUACACUGGCACCAAGUGCGAGAUAGAUAUUGACGACUGCACGCCUAAUCCUUGCUUAAACGGUGGCUCCUGCCAGGAUGGCAUCAGCUCCUUCAAGUGCACCUGCCUGCCCGGCUUUACAGGCCCACACUGUGCCACCGAGAUCAAUGAGUGCCUGAGCAACCCCUGCCACAACGAGGGCACCUGCACAGAUUAUGUCAACAGCUACAUUUGUGCUUGUGCGCCAGGCUGGGCCGGCUUACACUGUGAGCACAAUGUGCAGGACUGCACUGAGAGCUCCUGUUUCAAUGGCGGCACGUGCAAGGAUGGAGUGAAUUCAUACACGUGCUACUGCCGCCCGGGCUUUAUGGGCUCCCACUGCCAGCAUGAGAUCAACGAAUGCCAGUCUCAGCCUUGCCUCAAUGGUGGCGUGUGCCAGGAUGGGGUGCAGUCCUACCGCUGUGUCUGCCCUCAGGGCUACACAGGCCCUCAAUGCCAGACCCUGCUGGAUUUGUGCAGUCGCUCCCCCUGUCAGAAUGGAGGCCGCUGUAUACAGAGAGGCGCCACGUUGUCUUGCAACUGCCCGGGAGGCUGGACUGGUCGUUACUGUGACAUCCCCAACGUUUCGUGUGACGUGGUGGCCAGAAACAGAGGUGUGACCAAGGAGCAGGUGUGUCAUUAUGGUGGCCGUUGCGUGGAUGCUGGUAACACUCAUUACUGCAUCUGUAAGAAGAGCUACACAGGAAGCUAUUGUGAAAGUGAAGUUAACCACUGCCAGCACAGUCUGUGUCGGAAUGGGGGCAGCUGCCGCAGCUUUGUCGGAGGCUACAUCUGUGAGUGCCCAAUAGGAUUUGAAGGCAAAAACUGUGAAUAUGAUAUUGAUGAGUGCCAGUCACAUCCCUGCCAAAAUGGAGGGACUUGCAUCGACCUCAUUGGCCGCUACAUUUGUUCUUGCCCGCCGGGGACUCUGGGCGUCCUGUGUGAAAUAAACGAGGACGAUUGUGCUGUGAACCCUGGCAGCCGGGUCCCGAAAUGCCUCAACAAUGGGACGUGCGUGGACAGAGUGGGUGGCUACGGAUGCAGCUGCCCGCCAGGCUUUACAGGCGAGCGCUGUGAGGGGGACAUAAACGAGUGCCAGUCGAACCACUGCCACCCAAACAACACCCUCGACUGCGUCCAGGAAGCCAGUGAUUACCAGUGCAUUUGCAAGCCGGGUUACACGGGCCGCCACUGCAAGAACAUUGUGAAUGUGUGUGAGUCUCAGCCUUGCCAGAAUGGUGGGCAGUGUAAACUGGCAAUUAAUCUGCCUCUAGGAUAUACCUGCCACUGCCCCCCGAACUAUUCGGGUAUCAACUGUGAGCGCAGUUUGCCCUGCUGCCGGGAACUCUUCUGCUUUAAUGGUGGCAGCUGCCGGACCACACAGCUGGGUGCUCGCUGCUUCUGCCUGCCUGGGUGGGCUGGCCCCGACUGUCGCCUCCGUGUCAACAGUAGCUGUGCGAGCUUCCCCUGCCACAAUGGAGCUGCCUGCCACGAGAUUUCUAGGCCCCCUUACUUCCAGUGCCUUUGCAUCAAUGACUUCACUGGCCCCCGCUGCCAGAAUCUGCCUGCGCCCCCGGAACCUCACUGCCCCUGGGAGGAUUGCGCUGAAAGGGCUGGGGAUUCCUUCUGCGACAAAAUGUGCAACACCCCAGCUUGUCACUGGGAUGGGGGCGACUGUUCUUUGUUGGUUGAUGACCCCUGGAAGCAGUGCAAGAUCAGUCAGUGUUGGCAGUUCUUCAACAACAGCCAGUGUGAUGAGCUCUGCAACAGUGUCGAGUGCCUCUACGACAACUUUGACUGCAAGCCCCAUUACGGCGGCUGCAAUCCUGUUUAUGAGAAAUAUUGCUCGGACCACUUUGCUGAUGGGCGUUGUGACCAGGGCUGUAACAACGAAGAAUGUGGCUGGGAUGGGUUGGACUGUGCCAAGGAAGUGCCCGAGAACUUGGCUAAUGGCGUGCUGGUCAUCACUGUGCUGCUACACCCUGACCAGCUGCUGCGCACAAGUACCCUCUUCCUGCAGAAGCUCAGCGCUAUCUUGAGAACCUCCUUGCGCUUCCGCCUGGAUGACAACGGCAACUACAUGAUCAAGCCGUAUUAUGGGUCAGCUGCCCGACAUCGCCGGGAACUGGAGCAAGAGAUUAUUGGGUCUGUGGUUACUUUGGAGAUCGAUAAUCGCCUCUGCUACCAGGCGUCAGACAAGUGCUUCCCUGAUGCAGUCACGGCUGCUGACUACCUUGCCGCCCUGUCGGCCGUCGAGCGCCUAGAGUUCCCAUACCCCCUCAAGUCUGUGAAAGGGGAAAAGAUGCCGCCUGGGGAUGAUCCUUACAAGCUAGUGCCACUGCUGGUGGUAGCAGCUGUGAUCCUCCUGGUGAUCCUGGUGCUGGGCGUGUUGGUGGCCCGGCGCAAAAGAGAGCACAGCACCCUUUGGUUUCCGGAGGGUUUCGGCCUGAAGAAAGAGAGCAGCAACAAGAACCGGCGUGAGCCUGUGGGCCAGGAUGCUUUGGGCAUGAAGAAUAUUAGCAAAGAGGAGAACCUGAUAGGGGAUAACUCAGAAGACUGGCUAGAAGCAGAGUGCCCAGAGGCCAAGCGACUGAAGGUGGAAGAGCCAGCCAUAGACUGUGAAGACCCAGUGGACUGCCGUCAAUGGACGCAGCAUCACUUGGUGGCAGCAGACAUCCGCAUGCCACCCUCUAUGGCCCUGACACCGCCCCAGGGCGAGUUCGAUACAGAUUGCAUGGAUGUCAAUGUCCGUGGGCCAGAUGGUUUUACCCCUCUUAUGUUGGCCUCCUUUUGUGGCGGUGGCAUGGAGAGUGAUCUGGCCGAAGAAGAAGAAGCCGACGACUCCUCCGCCAAUAUAAUCUCCGACCUAAUCUGCCAGGGGGCUAACCUGAGCGCCCAGACCGACCGCACGGGCGAGACCGCGCUGCACUUGGCCGCCAGAUAUGCACGAGCGGAUGCUGCCAAGCGUUUGCUUGAUGCCGGCGCUGAUACCAACGCGCAGGACAACACGGGGCGUACGCCGCUGCAUGCCGCUGUAACUGCUGAUGCCCAGGGAGUCUUCCAGAUCUUGAUCCGGAAUCGGUCUACAGACUUGGAUGCCCGAAUGGGGGAUGGUUCGACGGCGCUGAUCCUGGCAGCCAGGCUGGCUGUAGAGGGUAUGGUGGAGGAACUGAUUGCCUGCCACGCCGAUGUCAAUGCUGUGGAUGAGUUGGGUAAAUCAGCCCUGCACUGGGCAGCAGCCGUCAACAAUGUAGAGGCCACCAUUGCACUGUUGAAGAACGGGGCCAACAAGGAUAUGCAGGACAGCAAAGAGGAAACACCACUGUUCCUGGCAGCCCGGGAAGGCAGCUAUGAGGCAGCCAAAAUCCUGCUGGAUCACUUUGCCAACCGCGAGAUCACCGACCACAUGGAUCGGCUGCCACGCGAUGUCGCUCAAGAGCGCCUGCACCACGACAUUGUCCGGCUCCUGGAUGACUACAACACUGUGCGCAGCCCGCAGGGGGGGCUGCCUUCAGGCCACACCCUCUCCCCUCUCAUGUGCCCUCCCAAUAGCUACUUACCCAGUCUCAAGCCCACUCCCCAGGGCAAGAAGAGCCGACGGCCUAGUGCCAAGAACGUGACAGCGGGCAGCAGUGCCAGCCUGGCACGAGAGAGCAAAGAGGCCAAGGCACGUGGCAAGAAGCUCAACCUGGAGUGCCAAGGUACUCUCCUGGAGAGCUCUGUCACUCUGUCCCCUGUUGACUCACUGGACUCCCCAUAUGUGCCCAAUCCUGCCUCGCCCGGGGUCUUCCACACGGCCAGUGCCUCAUUGUCAGUGCCCUCCACUCCCAUGGUCCAUGGCAUGAUGGAGGCACCCUUUGCCGUCAGCUUGGCACGCCUCAGCGAUCUGGGAGAUGGCACUCUUCUCUCCAUGAACCGCCUCUCGGUGCCACCUGGCCGCAUGGGGCUCAGCCUGGGGAUGGUCAGCCCCGUGGCGAUGCCCUUUGACUGGCACGCCCGCGUGCCCACUUCCCAGUGCCAGCCGAUCAUUGGAGUAGUACACCCUGCGGCCUCCCACCCUAACCUGCACCAGCCAGGCCAGGCCUUCCCGCCGGGCCUCCUCCUCUCCAAUCACAUGGCUAUGGGGCACAGCUCCCAGGGGUUGCCCAACCCCCCUCCUUCCUCCGCCAAGGAGCCAACCCAACCCAUGCCCCCACCGGCAACCACCAUGCGUACCAACCAACCCGUCUCACCCCCGGAGGGCCAGGGGGCCCCCCGUCCAGGGCCCCCACAGUACUUAAAGGCAGCAGGGGUGGAGGACUACCCGACCCCGCCUUCUCAACAUAGUUACACGCAGGGGCAGGAUGCCACACCCAAGCACUUCCUCCGCCCGACCAGCGAGCACCCCUACCUGACUCCCUCACCGGAGUCCCCCGAGCAGUGGAGCAGCCCCUCCCCUCACUCCUUGUCUGAUUGGUCGGAGUCCACACCCAGCCCUUCAGUUCUGGGGCCCAGCCACACCCAGCUUCCUGCGGCUGAGCCCUCCACUAAGAUGCAGGUGUUUGCAUGAGAUGCUGGACAGUGGAGCAGAUCCCAGGGGCCCGCGCCCCUCUGUGGCCCCCAUUGGGGCCUGUGCCUGCCUCAGGGGAUCUGUUGUUCCCCAAAUUGUGUUUUUUAUAAGAAAAAAACUUAAGUGUAAAAAGAUUUUUUUUAAAAAAAACAUUUUUUUUGCCUGCUCUGGGAGGGGAAAGGCCUGGCCUCCCCCUUCCCUCACUGCCACAGAGUCCAGGCUGGCUCUCUGCCCCGUCCCUAGUACCAUGGCAACUAGGUUUCCGGGGAGUUCUUUUUUAAAAAUAA